AUGGCUGGAAAUAAUCAGCAGCUACCACGUUUUUUUGAAUCAAUAUCCACAAAUCCAGCUGUACCACUCUACAAGUGUAAUGCAUGUCGCAGCCGAAAUAUAGUCAAUUAUGAACGGCAUUCCAAUUCUUUACCACAUAAAAGAAAUGUUGAGAGAUUAGUAGCCGAAGAGGAUGAUAAUGAAGAACUACUUGCUCCACUUUCACGUGCACCAGCUCUGUCUUCUUCAAACAACCAAUGGCCUGAAGAUGCUAUGGACACGGAUGACAAAUCAGAUCAGCUUGGUGAUUCAAUUUUAGACGUUUUAGACCUUUUAGGACCGAUCCUGUCCGAUGAUGACGAUUCCUCAAACUCUGGGUCCGAAACUGAACAAAGACAGUUAUUAUUUCAAGCGCUUGAGAUGUUGGAUAAAGAAGACUUGGACGGAGAUGAUGAUGACACUGAUUAUGAAGCAAUGCUUGAUGCUGAGCUAGCCAAUGCAAAGAAAGAAGAGGAUCUUGAUGAGUUGGUCACUGCGGGAACGGCGUUGAAUUCAAUAUUUCCCGAUCACUCUGAGGUUCAACACGCACUGGGGCGGGAUGUAACCUUGAAUCACCGUUUAGAUUUCAUUGCUGGUAAUAAAGUGCAACACAACUCCACCGCUUCUAUUCCAUCUUAUUUAUCAAACUUACAAACCAAACACUUGUGGCAAGAAAUUGAAAGUCUGACUUUACUCAACAAACAAAAAACUAUUGAAGAUGUACAGCUUUAUGAUCUGAACUGA